GGCCGCCAGCGGGAGGGCUGUUUUCGCGGGGCCGCGGCCGCCUGUCGCCGCCGCGGGCCCGAGCUGGAGCGGCGGGGUGGGCGCCCCGACAUGGCGGCUCGGAGCGCCCCGAACUGCCACCUGCGGCUCGAGUGGGUGUACGGCUACCGGGGCCACCAGUGCCGCAACAACCUCUACUACACGGCGGCCAAGGAGAUCGUGUACUUCGUGGCGGGCGUCGGCGUGGUGUACAGCCCGCGGGAGCAUCGACAGAAGUUCUACCGGGGCCACAGCGACGACAUCAUCAGCCUUGCAUUGCAUCCUGAACGAGUAUUAGUAGCAACAGGACAAGUUGGGAAAGAGCCUUAUAUCUGUGUUUGGGAUUCAUACACUGUGCAGACCAUAUCAGUUCUAAAGGAUGUUCAUACACAUGGUAUAGCCUGUUUAGCAUUCGACUUAGACGGACAGCGCUUGGUUUCAGUUGGACUUGAUUCAAAGAAUGCAGUUUGUGUUUGGGAUUGGAAGAGGGGGAAAAUGUUAUCUAUGGCUCCUGGUCACACAGAUAGAAUAUUUGAUAUCUCUUGGGAUUUGUACCAGCCAAAUAAACUUGUCAGCUGUGGUGUAAAACAUAUCAAGUUCUGGAGUUUAUGUGGAAAUGCUCUGACCCCAAAACGAGGGGUCUUUGGUAAGACUGGUGACCUUCAAACAAUUUUGUGCCUGGCCUGUGCAAGGGAUGAAUUAACAUAUUCUGGUGCACUUAAUGGGGAUAUAUAUGUUUGGAAAGGAAUCAAUCUUAUAAGGACAAUACAAGGAGCCCAUACUGCAGGAAUUUUUAGUAUGAAUGCUUGUGAAGAAGGCUUUGCCACUGGUGGCAGAGAUGGCUGUAUUCGUCUUUGGGAUUUAACUUUUAAACCGAUUACUGUGAUUGAUCUCAGGGAAACAGACCAGGGAUACAAAGGGUUGUCUGUGAGGAGUGUUUGUUGGCGAGGUGACCAUAUUCUAGUUGGAACACAGGACAGUGAAAUUUUCGAAAUUGUGGUGCAUGAAAGAAAUAAACCUUUCCUAAUUAUGCAAGGACAUUGUGAAGGUGAACUUUGGGCACUUGCUGUCCAUCCUACAAAACCUUUGGCUGUGACUGGAAGUGAUGAUCGUUCAGUCAGGAUAUGGAGCCUAGUAGAUCAUGCACUAAUAGCAAGGUGUAAUAUGGAAGAACCAAUUCGUUGUGCAGCUGUAAAUGUAGAUGGAAUCCAUCUUGCCCUUGGAAUGAAGGAUGGCUCAUUCACUGUACUUAGAGUAAGAGAUAUGACCGAAGUUGUACAUAUUAAAGAUAGGAAGGAGGCAAUUCAUGAGUUAAAAUACUCACCAGAUGGAACUUACCUUGCUGUUGGGUGUAAUGACAGCUCAGUUGAUAUCUAUGGUGUUGCGCAACGUUAUAAAAAAUUGGGGGAAUGUGUUGGAUCACUUAGUUUCAUCACUCAUCUGGACUGGUCCUCAGACAGUAGAUAUUUACAGACAAAUGAUGGAAAUGGGAAAAGACUUUUUUAUAGAAUGCCAGGAGGAAAAGAAGUGACAAACAAAGAAGAAAUAAAAGGUGUUCAUUGGGCUUCAUGGACAUGUGUUUCAGGCCUUGAAGUAAAUGGAAUUUGGCCCAAGUAUUCAGAUAUCAAUGACAUAAAUUCAGUAGAUGGAAAUUAUAUUGGCCAAGUUUUAGUUACAGCUGAUGAUUAUGGAAUUAUAAAAUUAUUCCGAUAUCCUUGUUUGAGAAAAGGGGCCAAGUUUAAAAAAUACAUUGGCCAUUCGGCUCACGUAACUAAUGUCAGAUGGUCACAUGACUAUCAGUGGGUUAUUUCUAUUGGUGGAGCAGAUCACUCUGUCUUUCAGUGGAAAUUUAUUCCUGAAAGAAAACUAAAAGAUGCUCUUCACAUAGCACCCCAAGAAAGUCUGGCUGACUCUAAUAGUGAUGAAUCAGAUUCAGAUCUGUCUGAUGUUCCAGAGCUGGAUUCUGAAAUUGAACAAGAGACCCAGCUUACCUACCGUCGGCAGGUUUACAAAGAAGAUCUACCUCAGCUUAAAGAACAGUACAAGGAGAAACAAAAAAGUGGUACUUCUAAAAGAAGAGAGCGGGCUCCAGGAAAUAGUAUUCGAUUACACUUUGUUCAUGGUUACAGAGGUUAUGACUGUCGAAGUAAUCUGUUUUAUACUCAAAUUGGUGAAAUCGUAUACCAUGUAGCAGCAGUGGGUGUCAUUUACAAUCGGCAGCAGAACACGCAGCGCUUUUACCUGGGUCAUGAUGAUGAUAUUCUCUGCCUGGCUAUUCAUCCUUUGAAAGACUAUGUGGCAACAGGGCAGGUAGGUAGAGAUCCCUCAAUUCACAUAUGGGAUACAGAGACCAUUAAACCAUUGUCAGUAUUAAAGGGCUGUCACCAAUAUGGUGUCUGUGCUGUUGAUUUCUCAGCUGAUGGGAAACGUUUGGCUUCAGUUGGAAUAGAUGAUAGUCACACUAUUGUGCUGUGGGACUGGAAGAAAGGAGAGAAACUUUCAAUAACAAGAGGAAGUAAAGAUAAGAUUUUUGUUGUAAAGAUGAACCCCUAUGUGCCUGAUAAAUUAAUUACAGCUGGAAUUAAACACGUGAAAUUUUGGCGUAGAGCAGGAGGAGGACUGAUUGGAAGAAAAGGCUAUGUAGGCACACUGGGGAAAAAUGACACAAUGAUGUGUGCAGUGUAUGGAUGGACAGAAGAGAUGGCUUUUUCUGGAACAUCCACAGGAGACGUGUGUAUCUGGAGAGAUGUCUUUCUUGUGAAAACAGUUAAAGCACAUGAUGGGCCAGUGUUUAGUAUGCAUGCAUUGGAAAAAGGAUUUGUAACUGGAGGAAAAGAUGGUGUAGUAGCUCUUUGGGAUGACUCCUUUGAAAGAUGUCUCAAGACCUAUGCUAUCAAAAGAGCUGCUUUGGCACCAGGAUCUAAAGGUCUUCUCUUGGAAGAUAACCCAUCUAUACGUGCCAUAUCAUUAGGACAUGGUCAUAUUUUAGUUGGCACAAAGAAUGGUGAAAUACUAGAAGUGGAUAAAAGUGGCCCAAUAACACUUCUGGUCCAGGGACACAUGGAAGGAGAGGUGUGGGGUUUGGCUACACAUCCUUAUCUGCCCAUCUGUGCUACUGUAAGUGAUGAUAAAACCUUAAGAAUAUGGGAUCUCUCUCCUAGUCAUUGUAUGUUGGCUGUCCGGAAACUGAAAAAGGGUGGAAGAUGUUGCUGUUUUUCUCCUGAUGGUAAAGCUUUGGCUGUAGGUCUGAAUGAUGGAAGUUUCUUAAUGGCAAAUGCAGAUACGUUAGAGGAUCUUGUGUCUUUUCACCACAGAAAAGAUAUUAUUUCAGAUAUUCGAUUUUCACCAGGUUCUGGGAAAUACCUUGCAGUAGCAUCCCAUGACAGUUUUAUAGAUAUAUACAAUGUGAUGAGUAGUAAACGAGUAGGAAUAUGCAAAGGCGCUACCAGUUACAUAACCCAUGUUGAUUGGGAUAUUAGAGGAAAGCUUUUACAGGUCAACACUGGUGCUAAAGAACAGUUGUUCUUUGAAGCUCCCAGAGGGAAAAAACAAACCAUCCCCAGUGUGGAGGUAGAAAAAAUUUGUUGGGCAUCAUGGACAAGUGUGCUUGGUUUAUGCUGUGAGGGAAUUUGGCCAGUAAUUGGAGAAGUCACAGACAUAACUGCCUCUUGCCUCACCAGUGACAAAAUGGUCCUAGCUACUGGGGAUGAUUUGGGAUUUGUGAAGUUAUUUAGAUAUCCUGCUAAAGGAAAAUUUGGAAAAUUUAAGAGGUAUGUGGCCCAUAGUACACAUGUCACAAAUGUUCGCUGGACUUAUGAUGAUAGCAUGUUGGUCACCUUAGGAGGUGCAGAUAUGUCUUUAAUGGUUUGGACAAAUGAAAUGGAGGGCUAUCAAGAAAAAAGGCCUUGUGACAGUGAAGAAUCUGAUACAGAUUCGGAAGAAGAUGGGGGCUAUGACAGUGACGUUACAAGGGAGAAUGAAGUCAGUUACACCAUUAGAGCCUUAUCAACAAAUAUUCGCCCAAUGUUUGGAGUCAAGCCUCAUUUGCAGCAAAAAGAACCCUCAGUUGAUGAGAGGCAGGGGGUAGUAAGAGGUUCCAGGCCCCCCGUGAGCAGAGCCCCACCAAGGCCAGAAAAACUCCAGACAAACAAUGUUGGCAAGAAAAAGAGACCAAUAGAGGACCUUGUGUUGGAGCUUGUUUUUGGCUAUCGAGGAAGAGACUGUAGGAAUAAUGUUCACUAUCUAAAUGACGGUGAUGAUAUAAUUUAUCACACUGCAUCCGUUGGAAUUCUUCACAAUGUAGCUACAGGGACUCAGAGUUUUUAUCAGGAACAUAAUGAUGAUAUACUGUGCCUCACUGUAAAUCAGCAUCCCAAAUUUAUCAACAUAGUGGCAACUGGCCAAGUAGGUGAUUUAGCAGACAUGUCAGCUACCGCUCCUUCCAUCCACAUCUGGGAUGCAGUGAACAAGCAGACUUUAUCUAUACUGAGAUGCUACCAUUCAAAGGGGGUGUGUUCAGUCAGCUUCAGUGCUACUGGAAAGCUAUUGCUGUCUGUGGGGCUGGACCCAGAACACACUGUUACUAUUUGGAGAUGGCAGGAAGGUACCAAAAUUGCCAGCAGAGCCGGUCACAACCAACGUAUUUUUGUGGCCGAAUUCCGACCAGAUUCAGAUUCCCAGUUUGUCUCUGUGGGAGUCAAGCACGUGAAGUUCUGGACACUGGCAGGAAGGGCUCUUCUUAGCAAAAAAGGGCUCCUGAGCACAGUGGAAGAUGCCCGGAUGCAGACCAUGCUUGCUGUUGCAUUUGGUGCAAAUAACUUGACGUUUACAGGUACUAUCAGUGGAGAUGUCUGUGUGUGGAAAGAUCACAUAUUGUGUAGAAUCGUGGCCAGAGCUCACAACGGGCCUGUGUUUGCCAUGUACACCACGCUGCGGGAUGGCCUUAUUGUGACCGGUGGCAAGGAAAGGCCGUCAAAAGAAGGAGGAGCAGUCAAACUGUGGGAUCAGGAGCUGAGGCGAUGCCGCGCCUUCAGGCUCGAGACCGGACAAGUCACUGACUGUGUUCGUUCUGUGUGCAGAGGCAAAGGCAAGAUCCUAGUUGGGACAAGAAACGCAGAGAUCAUCGAAGUUGGAGAGAAGAAUGCAGCAUGUAAUAUUUUAGUUAAUGGCCAUGUGGACGGACCCAUAUGGGGACUGGUGACACAUCCUUCCCGGGAUUUUUUCCUUUCUGCUGCGGAAGAUGGGACAGUGAGACUCUGGGAUAUUGCUGAUAAAAAGAUGUUAAACAAAGUGAAUUUGGGACAUGCUGCCCGUACCGUGUGUUACAGCCCUGAAGGGGAUAUGGUGGCUAUUGGAAUGAAAAAUGGAGAAUUUAUUAUUUUGCUGGUGAGCUCUCUAAAAAUAUGGGGAAAGAAGAGAGACAGACGAUGUGCAGUCCAUGAUAUCAGAUUUAGUCCAGAUUCCCGGUUUCUGGCAGUGGGCUCUAGUGAGAACUCAGUGGAUUUUUAUGACCUAACGUUGGGUCCCACCCUUACCAGAAUCAGCUACUGCAGGGAGAUUCCCAGCUUUGUCAUUCAAAUGGACUUCUCUGCAGACAGCAGGUAUCUCCAGGUCUCCACUGGUUGCUAUAAACGACAUGUCUAUGAAGUGCCUUCAGGAAAACCUGUUACGGAUCUGGCCACCAUGGAUAGGAUCACUUGGGCUACAUGGACUAGUAUUCUAGGGGAUGAAGUUAUGGGAAUCUGGUCCAGACACACUGAGAAAGCCAAUGUCAACUGUGCCUGCGUAUCUCAUUCAGGAAUCAGCCUCGUAACAGGAGAUGACUUUGGCAUGGUUAAGUUAUUCGACUUCCCGUGUCCUGAAAAAUUUGCAAAGCACAAAAGGUUCUUCGGUCAUUCACCUCAUGUGACAAAUAUUCGAUUUACCAGCGGUGAUCGACAUGUUGUUAGUGCUGGAGGUGACGACUGCAGUUUAUUUGUCUGGAAAUGUGUACAUAUGCCUCACUGAAAGAUAUGGGCGCCAAGAAGACUCUAUAUAAAUUAACAGACUUGAGAGACCAGAAUUACAGAAGAGGAAACAAAACAAAA